AUGAGUCUUUGCGCCUUUGCCGACUCCGAGGCCGUGGAGCGUGUGGCCGUGAUCACUCUGAAGCCCUCGCGCGCCGCCAACGCCAAGAAGGUGGUGUGGACCGAGGACACCGUGGACAACGAACACAUGAACAAGAAGAAGUCCAAGUGUUGUUGUAUCUACGAGAAGCCGCGCCGCUGGGACGAGUCCGACUCGGAGAGCGACGACGAGUGUGAGCACUGCUUCGGACACGUGGAGAGGAGGAGGAGACACCAGCACGCGACCACCGGUGACACUACAGACACCACUACUACUACCACUACUACUGAAGAAAAGAAUAACUCAGAGAAGACAGCAACCAUAACUCUCAAGCCGGAACCGGAGCCCGCGCCCGCCCCUCCCGACAAGACACCCGGAGAAAUAAAUAAAUAA